CCACAGCACUACUACACACAUCUCCCCCUCUGCAUCGACGGCAAUGAGCGCACAGGACACCGACGCCCAGCUCCAGUCGGCCGCCAAGGGCUUCGACCACCUCUUCGCCAACGACAUCGACGCGGCACGCAAGGCAUUCGAUGGCGAGGACUCGCCGUUUCACCUCCUCGGCAUGGGUGUAUGCGCCUUUUUGCAAGCCGCGUUGGGCAUGGAAACCGGUCUGAUGGCCGAGGCAUCGCGUCUCUUGAGUCUCUCCGAGGCGGGCGCGAAGAAGCACAUCAAGAACGCAAAGAGCGGCAAGCCUGCUCACCGGUUCACGCCCGGUAUCGAGUGGGAGAUUAUGCAGGCGGACGCGGUCGUGUUGCUUGCGUUGACACAUGCGCUCAGCGAGUCGUACAAGGGUUAUAUGCAGUGUCUCUAUGAGAUGAACAGCGCGCACUCGCGUUUCACCAAACUCUACAAGACCGUCUAUCCAGCUGGCCUUCAAGCAUACUCGACACCCUCCACAUCUCCUCAGCCAUCGCGGAAGCCUUCCAACGACAGCAUCCAGUCCUCGGCGACGGCACAAUCCGCUCGGUCCGGAGGCAGUUUCUUUUCACGAUGGUACUCUGGGUCGCCGUCAACAAAGACGCUUGCUCCUCCUCCAGGCUCGGCCCAGAAUCAAGCGACCGGUCCAGUGGAAGAGCUCGUCUUAUCUGGCACGGCGUUUGGAUAUGGCUUAUUCAACCUCGUUUUUUCGCUACUCCCCGCUGGCAUCAGAGGCGUUAUCGGUUUCCUUGGAUUCACCCACGACCGCAAGCUGGCCUUACAGGCGCUCGCUGUGUCUGCUGCACGGACGGAUGUGCACGCCGUAUUUGCUGGGCUGGUCCUUAUGACGUAUUAUGGCGUCGUUCUGCUCUUGGCGGGGUACCAGGCAGACGAGGCGCAUAUAAUCAAGCAGUAUCAGGCGAUAGUCGAUAAGGCAGAUUCACGAUACCCCACGGGCGCGCUGUGGAUCCUGAAUAGAGCGAAGAUCCUACGUAUGCGAGGCGAUGUGGACGACGCUAUCAAGGUGCUCCAAGAUGGCUUGGACCCGGGGAAGUCUCAGGCGUCUUUCCCCCAAGCCGAUACUCUCCUCGCAUUUGAACUUUCCUGGACUCUACUCUCUCAACGACGAUACCAGGAAGCGGCGGAUACGUUCAUGAGGCUCACCGGGCUCAAUAGCUGGAGUCACGCAACAUACUACUUCAUCGCGGCGGGCUGCCACUUCUCGUUGGGCGACCUCGAUAAAGCGCAGGAGCUGCUAGACCAGAUUCCCGAGUUACUGAAUGGACGCAAGAUCAGUGGCAGGGAUCUCCCCACUGAGGUAUUCAUCAAGAAAAAGAUUGAGUUCUACAAGGCGAAGCAGGUACGGAGGGGUGGAGACGAGGUUCGGUUUGUAGAGGCGAUCUCAAUCAGUCCGGCUGAAGAAAUUGCCCUAUUCUGGAACACGCACCAGCGGAUACCGCACGAAGUCGCACUCGAGCACAUCCGCGAAUGGUCCUCGCUCGGGCCCGCGCUCGACAUCACCAGCCAGCACACGUCCCAGCCCUCGCCGGACAACAAGCGCCCGGCGCUCGACACGGCCGACGAGCUCGUGGUGCGUUCGCUGCUUCUCGGUAUCACACACCGCACCGUCGGCGACUUCAAGGCGUCGCGCGAAUACCUCGUCGACGCCCACCGCGCGUCCACGAGCGGCGGCCAGGUGAAGAUCAACACAUGGGUCGGAGGCGUCGCGAUGUUCGAGCUUGCUGUGCUGGAUCUGAAGGAGGUGCAAGCGAAGGAGGAGGAGAUGGCGCUUGAGACGCCGCCCGAGAUCCAGUUGAACGGGGUCGCUGCCGAGGUUGUUGUAGAUGGCGAGCCUGUGCUCGCUGUCCCUGCGGGAGCAGGGGUGUGGGCGCUGGCGCUCAAGGGAGCGUCGGAGAAGCUGGAUGCGGCGCUUGCGCUCGCAACGCGGGACACGGAUCUGUCGUCGCGCCUGGAUAGCAGGAUUACCAUGCUGAGGGGGGAGAUUGCGACGAAGAAGGAGAUGGUGGGCUGUUAGACAACCACGGUUUUAGAUGUGGACGUUUCAGUCCGAAGUAGUGUACCAUAGGGUGGACUUUAUUAAUUGUGAUAAUCUAUACACGAUUUCUUAAAC